AGCCAAAGAUGUCGGCUCAGUCAUGUGAUCAGCUGUGUCCAAUCACAGCUGAUCACAUGGCACUGAUGAUCAGUGUGCCCUGAUGAUCAGUGUGGCCCUAGAAGUGCCACCUGUCAGUGUCAAUCAGUUCCAGCUGUCAGUGAUGAACAGUGCCACCUGCCAGUGCCCAUCGGUGCCACAUCAAUGCCACAUAUCAGUGCCUAUCAGUGCACAUCAGUGCCCGUCUUAGCUGCCUUUCAGUGUCACCCAACAGUGCCAGUCAGUGCCACCUAUCAGUGCUGCCAAUCAGUGGCACCUAUCAGUGCGCAUCAGUGCCCCCUAUCAGUGCCAGUCAGU